AUGGCUACCUCCGCCCAGUCGCCCGAGAUACCCUAUUUCGUCGGUCUCAUCAAAACUCUAACAAACACGCAACUGAAGGACCUGUUGAGAAAUCAGGGUCUCCAAGUGUCGGGGGUCAAGGCAGCCUUGCAACUUCGCAUUAUUGAGUACCUCGAACGCCUCUCCAGCUUGGAAGGGAACACCGUCCGCUACGAUGCGCUGAAGAGAAGCAUCCACGCUACAGCAAUCCCUGGCUCUGGGGCAUAUCACCCAAGCCCGGGCUAUCAGUAUCAGCCACCUCCCUCGCAGCCGUCACCGGCGCAGGUCCGCUCUGCCGCUCUGGGAAUCUUUAUGCCGUCCCACUCGUACAAUCCAGGUCCCUUGGUUUUCAAAGAAAGUCCAUUUUACACCGUCUUGGAACCUCUCACCUCUGUGGUAGAAUGCAAAAUUCGAGAGCAGACAAGAGAUAGUAUAGAGCUCAAGCUUGUGCUAUCACUCCCAAUCAUCUCGAGGCUGGACAGGGAUCCCAACCUUCGGGUGAUGGUUUACUGUGCGGCAGACUCCGGCCUCAAGCAAUACACCAAGUCCGAUAUCGCGUUUCCGCAUCAGGUUGAGCUCAAGGCGAACCUCGAUGAAGUCAAAGCCAAUCUUCGGGGGCUGAAGAAUAGACCUGGCACCACGCAACCCGCAGAUGUCACGCCUUACUUACGGAAAAAACCGAAUUAUUCCAACAACAUCGUUAUGACUUAUGCAUUGACCCAGAAGGCAAGAAAUCUAGUCUCCCCUGCAAUUGGUCCUAUGCCUGGCCUUGGACUAACCGCUCUGCAGAAAUUCUUUGUGAUCGCCAACCUGGUUCAGCGACAUCCAGUAGAGGAGCUUGUCGCGCAGUUGCAGUCGCGCAAACUCAUUUCGAAGGAGCAGGUCAUCCGCGAAAUGAAAAAUCGUGCCAAUGACUCUGAUAUUGUUGCUACAUCCAGCGUCAUGUCUCUCAAGUGCCCUCUGUCCACUCUUCGGAUCCAGGUCCCAUGUCGUUCUGUCAUUUGCACUCAUAACCAAUGCUUCGAUGCAUCCUCAUUUCUAGAACUGCAAAAGCAGGCACCCACGUGGACCUGCCCUGUAUGUUCCAAGUCAACUAGCUUCGAGUCACUGCAGAUGGACCAAUACGUCGAUGAUAUCCUCCAAUCAACAUCGUCCGACAUGGAUCAAGUCGUUAUUGAACCCGAUGGGACAUGGUUAACACCCGACGAUGCAGGGUCAGCCAAGCUGGCCGGCGGUACACCCGCAUCAGAGGGAGAUGAUGACUUGAUUGAGAUCAUUGAGCCCAGCAUCGCUCCAGUGAAGCAAGAGCCUGUUCCCCUGAGUGUCUCUCUGGCGCGGACACCAGCGCAGUCAAGGGAAACGUCAACUCCAUCAUCUGCAGCUCGCAUGUCGAGCAAAAAGCGACCUGCUACACAGGUUAUUGAUCUCAUUAGUAGUGGGGAUGAAAGCGACGAGUCUCCCGCGCCUCCUCCUAAACGACCCGCACUUGACAUGGCCGUUCGCGCUUGGCCUCGACCAAGUCAUCAUACAUCCACUAGUGCCCCUUUUAACGGUGGGCCCCAUUCGUCGUCGAACUAG